AUGAAGUCGAUGCAGCGUCGCUUCGGCGGCAUGAUGAAGAGGUCGGCGGACGAAGCAGACGUGGGACAGAUCUUGACCGAGUUUAAGCAGGUGGACGAGAUGCUAUCGCAGCUCACCAAAGACCUCACAGCCUACCGCAACAGCUGGGACGACAUCCUAAAGCUCCAGUACGACUGCAGCGAAGCCCUAGUCACCCUCUACAAACCCAUCGGCCCCCUCGAUGAUCCGGAACAGCGGAGUCAGCCCACGGAGACACCGCAGGGAUACAUGCAGAAGUGCCUUGGUUUGCAGAAACUGUACUCGGAGUUGAAGACCGACUUACUGCAGGAACUGAGUCUCAUCGAUCAGAAACUCAUCCGGCCCGUGGAGACGGCGAGAGAGGGGAUGAAGAUGUUGCAUAAGACGCUCAAGCAUCGGGAUAACACCAAACUGGAUUACGAGAAGUACAUGAAGCGGGUGGAGCAUGCGGGGAGGAAGGACACGAGGUCGGCGAAGGAGGAGGCGGCGUUGGCGUCGCAUGAGCAGAAUGCCACACAGGCCAAGAUCGACUACCAGACGGCGGACGAGCAGGUCAAGCAGACAUUUCCGCCUGUGAUUGAUGCGGUGAUGGAAUUAUCCCCGUUCCUGCUGGCGAGCCAGAUUAUGCUACAGACGACGCUCGUGGGACAGGUGUAUACCGUUUUGGAUCGAUAUACCAAGACCCAUCGGAUGUCAAAUCCUGCCCCAGGCAACGAGGAGAUUGUGGGUGUAUGGGAGCAGGAAUUCACGGGUUUCAGGAAGGAGUUGGAGCAAGGGCUGCAGACGAUCAGCCAGGGGAAGGUGGUACAUCAGAGUAUGGAUCUGCCUAUGGAGAAAGGGAAGACGUACACAGGGCUUGGACUCAGGAACAAGGCGGGUGGGGCUACGAGUAAGGUUGGGGGGAUGAUGGGGAGGAAGGGGAGUGCGCCGCCGAGUGUUCCGCAGAAACCGAGUUUUGGGCGGCAGGGGAGUGCGGGCAGUGGGCAGUUGGCUAUUGGGAAUGGAGAUGGGAGGGAUUAUGGUGAAGAGGAGGAGAUGGCGCCGCCUAAGCCUCCGCGACCGGGUGGAGCUGGAGGUAGCAUUCCUGCGACAAGUCCGUACGGCAUGCCGAGUCCAGGGAUCCCCGUGGGCAGCAAACCACGGAUCCCAUCUGUCACAUCCCCUCUAGCUCCGCCCUAUGACCGAAACUCGACCGGCACCCCCGCCUCCUCCUGGCUACCAGAAAAACCACCACCCUCCUACGAACAAGCAGCAGGCCAAGCCACACCACCAAGUCGCUACGCCACGCCCUUAGGCACCAGCGCAGCCAUCUCCCCACCCUACCCCACCAACACCAACGGCCCCGCCCACGCCAUCCCCUCAAACCCCCAAGACUACUUCGCCGCCCACCGCCGCAUCUCCCAAUCCUCCGCCAUCUCAUCCCUGUCUUCCACCUCUGCCGCCGCAGCGAAGAAGAAAGCCGCCCCACCUAUCCCGGUCAAGAGAGUUCCGUCACAGCAGCAAACGGCACAGUACGUGACAGCACUGUACGACUUCGAGGCCCAGAAUGAUGGGGAUCUGGCUUUUAGGGAGGGAGAUAGGAUUAGGAUUUUGGUGAAGACGGGGAGUGUGGACGAUUGGUGGGAGGGGGAGUGUCGGGGCCAGCGGGGCAGUUUUCCGGCGAAUUAUGUCGAGGUGUGA